CCAACAACUCUUGACUUAUUAAUUUAUUGGCCCGUUACCGGAAUCUGUCAAUUUCCAAUUACCGAAUCACUCGAUUUCCAAAAUUGUGAACUCCUUUAUUAGCAUCCACAAAAUCUAGAAUAUUGUCUGGAUCAUCAGUUCCCAUAUUCUUCUCCUUUCUUUAUAUUUCAGCUCGCUUUCUGCAACGUACGGACCUUCUCAAUUGUUCUUUCCACUCGUCAGGGAGCUAGCACAUACAAUAUGCAGGGGGGCAGAGACCCAUUCUUUGGUUUUGGUGAUCCUUUCGGUAGUUUUGGAGGCCAAAGAAGUCUAAUCUCUAGUUUUUUCGGUGGAAAUGAUCCGUUUGAUGACCCGUUUUUCACACGUCCCUUUGGGAGCAUUUUUGAGUCGAACUUUUUUGGGUUUAACGGAGGUCCAUUUAUGAACCCACUUUCUUCUGGAUUCCUUGAACAUCAGCCUACCCGGCUCAAUUCAUCAAGGGGACCAGUGAUUGAGGAGCUGAAUUCUGAUGAGGAGGCUGUUGAAAAGGAAAGUCGAAAAGAUAAAAAAGAGAAUCCUAGGAAACAUGGAAGAUCUGGCAAAGAGCCUUUUGUGCAAGACCCUGAUGAUGAAGCAACUGAGAAAAAGAGUAAGCAUAUGGCUCGUCCAAAUGAGAUUUACCAGAUGCAAAAUGCAAGGUCACAGCCUCAGACUCAUAGCUUCACUUUCCAAAGUACCACUGUUUCUUAUGGUGGUGCUAAUGGUGCGUACUACACUUCUUCUAGCACAAGGAGAUCGGGGAGUGAUGGAUUGACAUUCGAAGAAAUCAAAGAAGCUGAUUCAUCUACUCGUCAAGCAACUCAUAGGGUCUCGAGGGGCAUCCAUGACAAGGGCCAUUCCAUCACCCGGAAGUUGAACUCAGAUGGGCAUGUUGACACAAUGCAGACUCUUCAUAAUCUUGAUGAAGAUGAACUUACGGGUUUUGAGGAAGCAUGGAAAGGAAAUGCCAGAAAGUAUCUCCCUGGGUUGGGCGAAGGAUUUGCUAAUCAAGAUUCUACAGGGUCUGGAAGCAUUAAUCAGCACAGGCUUAGCAGAGGUGGAUGGGCUCUGCCUUCAACCGAGAGGUCAAACAAUCAAGAAAGCUCGAAACCAGAUAUCAGAGCCAUGGCUGCCCCUUCACGUCAUUCAGCAAGAGCCAAAACUGAUAGUAGUGGUCCAUCACGCAUUAGCUCAAAAGGAAAUGGAUCUUCCAAAAAGGGCAAUAAUAAACUUUAGGAGUUUUGGGAGACUAUUUUGUCCGAGUAUUCUAAUCUAGUCCCGGCACUUAUAUCGUGAGUUGAAUAUACCUCCAUUUGAAAAUCUGAUGACAGUUGUGAAAAUCUAUAUUACCAAGCUGAGCGUAUUUCACUGUAUUUUGUCUGGUGUCGUUACUAUUGUCUUUUGCUUAUACGGUUUAACUGUACAAGCCAUUGUUUCGGCAUGUAUGAUUAUGCAGCAUCUGGGGUGCUGUUGAUGUAUCUUAUCUGAGGUUUUUAUGGUCUACAUUUAUGAUGAUUUAAGCAGAACAUUUAUUGCCGAAUGUCAGCUUUUAUUAGUCUUGAAUAGUCUCAUGAAAUAAGAAA